GGGCGGAGCGGCUGGCGGGGCCGGCGGCGGCUGGAGCGAGAGCGCGACGCGACGCGACCGCGGCUUCCCGAGCUCCGCCUGGCCGCUCAGCGCCGCAGCCCGCCCGAGGCCUGGAGGGGUCCGGGCCGGCGUCCAUGGUCGCGGCGUCCUGAGGCGGGGGACGCGCCCGGUGCCCCCAGCCCUCCUCCGCCUCCUCCUGUCCGGCGGGCGGCCUCCUCCGCCGCCUCCCUGCGCCCGCCCGCCGCCUCCCUCCCUCCUUCCCUGCGGCUCCCCCGGCUUUCGGGAGCCCGGGGGCGGCCUGUGGCGCGCCGAGCCCGCGCCGGACUGCGCUUCUUUGGACCUUGAGGGGAAACAUGCGUUUGGCUUGGAUCGUUUUAAAUUCUUAGUUUGGGAUCCCCGCCCGCCUGCCUCUUCCGCCCCGCGGGUUUUCUUUCCUUUUUUUUUUUUUAUUUUUUUUUUUUUUUUUUUUUUUUCCCUUUUUUUCCUCCCGGUCUCCUUUUUGACUCCCUCCCCCUUUAUGCUCGCCCAACCCUCCCCCCGCUGCUGAGAAGUGGGGGAGGGUCUCGGCCUCCAGGUUCCCGCCCCACCGGGGCCCGGGCGAGCAUGGGGGGCAAGCAGAGCACGGCGGCCCGUUCUCGGGGCCCCUUUCCGGGGGUCUCCACCGAUGACAGCGCCGUGCCCCCGCCGGGAGGGGCGCCCCACUUUGGGCACUACCGGGCGGGCGGCGGGGCCAUGGGGCUGCGCAGCCGCUCAGUCAGCUCGGUGGCGGGCAUGGGCAUGGACCCCAGCACGGCCGGGGGGGUGCCCUUUGGCCUCUACACCCCCGCCUCCCGGGGGACCGGCGACUCGGAGAGGGCGCCGGGCGGCGGAGGGUCUGCGUCCGACUCCACCUAUGCCCAUGGCAAUGGUUACCAGGAGACCGGCGGCGGUCACCAUAGAGACGGGAUGCUGUACCUGGGCUCCCGAGCCUCGCUGGCGGAUGCUCUACCUCUGCACAUCGCACCCAGGUGGUUCAGCUCGCACAGUGGUUUCAAGUGCCCCAUUUGUUCCAAGUCUGUGGCUUCUGAUGAGAUGGAAAUGCACUUUAUAAUGUGUCUGAGCAAACCUCGCCUCUCCUACAACGAUGACGUGCUGACGAAAGACGCGGGUGAGUGUGUGAUCUGCCUGGAGGAGCUGCUUCAGGGGGACACGAUAGCCAGGCUGCCCUGCCUGUGCAUUUAUCACAAAAGUUGCAUAGAUUCAUGGUUUGAAGUGAACAGAUCUUGUCCAGAACAUCCCGCGGACUGACCCUGCUGGGCUCGCUUGCUGACUCCUCUCAAAGGUUUAUUUUAUUUAUUCCAAGUAAGCUCCCAGAUCAGCUGAUGAUGUCAGACAAAUCAGGGACAUUUGCUCUUUAUACCUUCCCCUCAAAAACUGAGGACACGGGGAGAAGAAAAAGCAAGGGUGAGAGUGAGGCAGAGGGACUGGGCCGGCGCCGGAGCGGGAGUCCAAACCCCGGCGGGACGUUUGGCUUCGGGCCCCAGAGUGGAACCACAGACGCCCGGCCAGCCUCAGCAGGAUGCAUGCGGCCGGCCUCGGCUGCCAGAGCGCGACUUACGUGUUCCGGUCCACACAGGGACAGCCAGCCCCCGUUCCUGAGAGGAGGCAUCGGACACGGGCAGAGCUGAGCUGGGGACACCAGUGGGAACAGGGCACCCCUUCUGCACUGACUUCCAGAAAAUGGUUCUCCCUUUCUCCCUGAGGACAUCAAAUUGGAUGAGAGCGAGUUUGAGAGAAGAAUCAACUGCUAUCUUUCCCCUCAGCCCUCCUCCCAGGAGGGAAAGGGCAUUUUCUUUUACACCUUUGAAAGGCAUUGUGGGUCUGUCUAAAGUGUUUACAAAAAAAAAAAAAAAAAUUAUAAAAAAAAAGUCUAGUGUCGACUGGUGUUUUCCCUCGUGAUGUUUACAGAUUGCUGUCUGCUGCCCAGCUAGAGCCCACUCAGUGACAGAGACGAACGGGGCCGCGCACACGGUCUCCUCCUGUGCCCAGCACCUUCCCAUCUCCACGCCCACCCUGGCCCUGUCUAUCACCACCACUCUGCCUUGGGUGUUUUGUCUUUCUUUCUUUUUCUUUUUCUUUUUUUUUUUUUUUUUUUUGGUGGGGUUUUUUUUUUUUUUUUUGUAUUUUUCCCCCUCCAUUUUCUGGCUUGGUUUUGCACAUAUCUCACCUUGGGACCCUGAUAUUUAACUUCAUUGCCAAAAAAAAAAAAAAAA